AUGAACGCCAACCCCCCUGCAGGAAGCGCCCUGGCCCCUGGUGGCGCAACUGGCCCUACCACACCCAAGAAGGGACCACCCAAGUUCAAGCAGAGGCAGACCCGUACAUUCAAGAGCAAGGCCCCCAAACCAGGCCAGAAGGGCUUUGGUGACGAUAUCCCCGGCAUGGAGGGUCUUGGCACAGACAUCACAGUGGUGUGCCCAUGGGAAGCCUUCGGCGACAUGGAGCUCAGCGACUUGGCGAAAUACGGCAUCAUUUAA